ACACAGGAACAUGGGUGAGGCUGAGACGGCCGUGGUCUGGCCUGAUGAAGUCCUCCGAUAUCGAUCAGGAUUUAUUCACAGACAGCUAUUGCAAGGUGUGCAGCGCACAGCUUAUAUCUGAAUCUCAGCGUGUGGCCCAUUACGAGAGUCGAAAGCAUGCGAGCAAAGUCCGGCUGUAUUACAUGCUCCACCCCCGGGACGGGGGCUGUCCCGCCAAGAGGCUCCGCUCAGAGAACGGCGGUGACGCCGACAUGGUGGACAAGAACAAGUGCUGCACGCUCUGCAACAUGUCCUUCACCUCCGCGGUGGUGGCCGACUCGCACUACCAAGGCAAGAUCCACGCCAAAAGGCUAAAGCUGCUGCUGGGGGACAAGACGCCCCUGAAGACCACAGCUGCGCCCCUGAGCUCCCUGAAGCCCCCGCGGGUGGACGCCGCGCCAGUGGUUGCAUCUCCCUAUCAAAGAAGAGACUCGGACAGAUACUGUGGGCUCUGUGCAGCCUGGUUCAAUAACCCUCUGAUGGCCCAGCAGCAUUAUGACGGCAAGAAACACAAAAAGAACGCGGCCAGAGUUGCUUUGUUAGAACAGCUGGGGACCACCCUGGACAUGGGAGAGCUGAGAGGUCUGAGGCGCAAUUACAGGUGUACCAUCUGCAGUGUCUCCCUGAACUCCAUAGAACAGUAUCACGCCCACCUCAAAGGCUCUAAGCACCAGACCAAGUAG